AUGUCGCACGGCGGUAUGGAUAUGGGUGGCGGCUCAGGAGCAACAUGCAAGAUAUCCAUGCUCUGGAACUGGUACACCAUCGAUGCCUGUUUCCUCGCUUCAUCCUGGCACAUCAAGACAAAGGGCAUGUUCGCCGCGUCAUGCAUUGGUGUCAUCCUCCUAGUCGUUGCCCUCGAGUUCUUCAGACGCAUGGGCAAAGAAUACGACGUCUAUAUACUUCGCCAAUAUACACGUCGAGCAGCCAGUCUCCGACACGUGGCUCGCGACUCGUACAACAACUCCAAGACAAACAGUGCGUAUGAGUAUAGCGAGGGUGGAUGUGGUCCAGAUGCUGCUUGUGCUCCUACAUUGCCGAGACAGCAGUACAUCACUUUCCGCGCCUCGCCUGCUCAACAGCUCACUAGAGGUGCGAUUCAUGCUGUUACGUUCGGACUGGGAUAUAUCAUCAUGUUGUUGGCCAUGUACUUCAACGGCUUCAUCAUUAUUUCGAUCGUUAUUGGUGCUUUCAUUGGGAAGGUGCUGUGCGAUUGGAUGGUUGUCAGGCUGCCACUGGUGGGAGAUGGAGUUGAAGGACCAAGCAAUGAGGCAGAGGGUAUCUCGGAGCCCACUGUCUGUUGCGGAUGA